AUGAAGCCAAUCAGCCUAAAGAAGACCCCCUCCCUCCCGACAACACUCCAUCCUUACGAAGCUCCCGAGAUACAUGCAGGAUUCUUGCAGCUGAUCAGCUCCUACGCACCUCUCGAUGAGUCCUUUGUCAAUGCGUGGAACGAAGGCUCUGACCCAAGGGUCAGUAUCACAACUUAUCUAGCCCUCCAAAAUGUCUUAUCUCUGCCACCACCCUUCCUCACCCGCCCAAGCACAGGUGUUACGUCAGGCACAGAACCAAUGGCGACUGGCGCGAGUACACCCGAGCGUUCUCUAAAUGGGAUGGAAUCGGUCACAUCCAGUCCGAGUACUACGACCGAAAGCAUCGCGAUGAGCCUACCGGACGCGCAUCUUGCUUCUAGGGUGGAACACGACAUGGACGCCGACAAGGAGCCUGAACCAGAGACAACCGACAUUCAAAAGGCCGAUUUAUUGAUAACACAGCAAUGGCUUCGUCUUAUUGUCUGGCAGUCUUCGUUUCGGCAACAACUUCUAUCAUGGACAGCUCCUGACGAGAGCAUGCGGUUCGCUUUCCCACUGGCAAUAGCCAGCCGCACAGCAUCGGUGCUGCAGAGCCUCCCGCCCCAAGCGAUCGAAGUCCAUGGCAUGGGCAUCUUCGAAAAGAUAUUUGAGAUCGGCACGUGGUCGAUGAAUGUUCUUCAGGCUUGCGAUAUGGCUGGAGCCGGUACGGGACUUAACGGCUCUGGAGGUGCUAUGGGGAUGGACUUUGCCGGUGCCACAGAUCUAGGUGUUCUCGGUGUCGGUCGGGUGGGCUUUUCUAUCGACCCAUUAGAGUUCUUUGUUCGCACACUCAGCGCCAGCCCCAAUAGCCGCAAGCAAUAUGCGGAACGGCUGCUGCUUUUUGCCAGCGAGAACCCGGGCGGAAUGCGGAUGUCGCUGUCUCCGGCACUGUCGGCUCCGUCGUCGCCUGAAUUUGGGUCCUCGCCCAACAUAUGGAGCCGAGACGAGAAUUCGAACCAGACGACUGGCAUUUUGGGGAGUGUUUUGGGCGAGGUACCUGACAACACAGAUCCUGGCGGGCAUAUGCAGCAAGCACUUCGACAAGUUGCUGCCGGGUCGGCCGCUUUAUAUGGAGGAGGAGAAUCCCGAAAUUUGGUCACAAACACUAAUGGGGUAUAUGGCGGUUUUGGCGACAUGCUGCCCGGCCCGGCAGUCUUUGAUCCAUAUGACACAUCACGGAGUGGUUCUUCUAGUCCUUUAGAGAACAGGAACGUGCGCAGCAUGGGAGGCAUGACCUUGCAAAAUCUGUCGUAA